AGCUGGGUGACAUCCGCUUUUGCUGCCUGUCUACUCCCCCACUCUUCCUCAGAACCUCUCUGGACCAAAUCCCUUCCAGGCCCCAACCCACCAUGCUCCCUCCAGGCACCAUCCUGCUCCUGCUUUUGCUCCCAGUGGCUGCAGCUCAGAUAACUCCAGGUUCCUGUUCUGGAUGUGGGCCCCUCCCCCUGCCACUCCUGGCAGGCCUUGUGGCUGCUGAUGCUGUGGUGUCUCUGCUAAUCGUGGUGGUGGUGUUUAUAUGUGCCAGACCACGUGACAGGCCCACCCAAGAAGAUGGCAAAGUCUACAUCAACAUGCCUGGCAGGGGCUGACCCCCCGUAACUGGGACCUCUGACUUCUGACCCUCUCAUCCUGGAUUGUGCGCGGUGGCACCGGAAACCUAUUCAAUAAAGCGACCAAAAUACC